CGGGGCGUGGCUAAGCCGUUGAGCCAAUCAGCGUCGCAUGUUUCGGUGUCGUAGGCGAAACGAGCAAGUUAGGCUGCGAGAUACAAAACCCUCUGCUCGGCUCCCAGUCGGGAGGGGAAAGAGGGAGUGAGCGAGGAAGAUGGCGGCUCUUAGUGAGGAGGGGAGGUACGGGCUGUCCUGCGAGAGGGGGACCCAGGACCAGAUCACCGUGCUUCACGUUAAACUCACUGAGACCGCCUUCAGAGCCCUGGAGAACUACCAGAACACUAAGAAUUCUGUACCUGCACGACCAUCCAUUCAAUUUCAGGGACUCCAAGGAAACAUCAAGAUUCCAAAAUCAGACUGCCUCAAUGAAAUGCACAACUUUAAUUUCUAUCUAUCGAAUGUAGGAAAAGAUAACCCCCAAGGCAGCUUUGAUUGUAUCCAGCAAACAGUGUCAAGCACUGGUGUAUCAAAAUUGAAUUGUCUGGGAUUCAUCCAAGAUAAAAUAACAGUAUGUGCCACUAAUGACUCCUACCAGCUUACAAGAGACCGCAUGACCCAGGCAGAAGAGGAAACUCGAAGCCGAAGUACAAAGGUUAUAAAACCUGGCGGCCCAUUUGUAGGGAAGAGGGUCCAGAUUCGUAAACCAGCAAAUAGUAUUUUAGAUACAGCACCAGAAAGGAAAAGGUCCACGCCCAUUAAUCCAGCAAACACCAUUCGAAAGACAAAUGUCAGCAACAGUAUUGCACAGCGGCCGUAUAGGGAAAGGGUGAUUCAUCUGCUGGCACUGAAGCCAUAUAAAAAACCAGAGAUACUUGCUCGUUUACAUAAAGAUGGUGUUAAUCAAAAAGACAAGAACUCUCUUGGUGUUAUCCUGCCACAGGUUGCCAACUUGAACCCCAAGGACAAUUCAUAUACUCUUAAAGACUUUGUUUACAAGGAAAUUCAGAGGGAUUGGCCUGGAUACUUCGAGUCUGACAAACAGUUAUUAGACAAAGUCCUUUCCAGAAAACUUAAUCAGUCUCAGAAUGCUACCAGCUCCAGUCAAUCAGACUCUCCGCCUUUAAGUGCUGCAUCUACAUCUCCUUCCCAGAAACGUCUUCUGGAUACUGAAUUCAUUGAUCCAUUAAUGAAUAAGAAACCAAGGAUAUCUCAUCUUACAAAUAGGGUGCAGCCAACUUUAAAUGGACAUUUAGGUUUAACCAAUGACAAACCAGCACCCCCACCUCCUCCCCCGCCUGCUGCUGCCACCCCAGCACUUCCUCCACUUCCACCCGCACGCCUUCCAGUUUCAAAUCCACAAACUAUGAACUCUAACUCAAACUCUCCCAGUACUCCUGAGGGUAGGGGGACGCAGGAUCUGCCAAUGGACAGUUUUGGUCAAAAUGGCAGCACCUACGAGGACCAGCAAGAUAAAUUUACCUCUAGGACUACUCUGGAUAACUCUAUAUCAACGCCGGUAAAGUUGGGGAACUCUGAUCCCACGGACAAUAAAAAUGGCACAUUGCACAAAAAGGCAAAGAAACCCAAAAAACACAAGGACAAGGACCGCAAAAAACUGGAUACUGAACCUAUGGAAGAAAAGCCAGCUCACAUGAAAAAAGAGGAAAUAGUAAAGGUGGAAAAGAGCCCCAAGCCAGAGGAAAAGAAAGAUGUUCAAGAAACCUGCACAGCAUCAGAUCCUUCAUCUACAACAGAAUUACCAGAUUACAUUAUAAAAUACACUGUUAUUGUGUCCAAAGAACAGAGGCAAAGUUACAAAGAGGACUUCAACUCUGAAUAUGAUGAAUAUCGCAGCUUACAUGCCAGAGUAGAGAAUAUCACUAGGAAAUUUAUGCAGCUGGAUGCACAGAGGAAGCGCCUUUCCCCGGGAUCUAAGGAAUACCAGGUUGUACAUGAAGAGGUUAUAAAAGAGUACAAGAAAUUUAAAGAGGCAAGUCCAAACUAUUAUGAAGAAAAAUACAGAUGUGAAUACCUGCACAACAAGCUUGCCCACAUCAAAAGACUAAUAGGAGAUUUUGACCAACGACGGGUAGAGUCCUGGCACUAAAGCUCUUCUAAGACAAGAUGUGAAUACUUAACGCUAUUUAUUUAAAAUUCCAGAUGUGUUACGCUAGGAUAAAGCAAAGAAACUUUCAGGAGUUUCAGUAUUAGACUUUUUUUUUUUUUUUCUUCUCCCUCCUGGUGCCCAUCUUUACCUUUAUCCUGCUUAUUUAAAAGCUGCUUUCUCCUUUCUUGUCCUUUUGGACUCUCAUUUAUCUGUGGAAAUCAGUAUAGGUACUGGAAGUCCAUACUCGAAGUGCCUAUACUCGAUAAACUGCGCAUUCUAAGUUUUAUGUAGCAUAACGAUGUGCUUUUUGGAUAAAUGUCUGUCUUCUGACCUUUCUUAAAUGCAAACCCUUCGCCUUACAUGGGAGAAGGUUAAAAAAAAAUUUGCACAAAAAAUCUAUUUAAAAAUAAAAAACAAAAAAUAAAAUAAAAAUCAAGCGUUAAGAGACAGAAAAUAUUAUAUGAAAAAAAAAACCUCUGUCCUUAACUUAAACUUUCAAAUGAUACCCCCUACUUCAAUGGAUGCCUUAAGGUGUUUGCCUGUUUAUAUUUAGUGUAGUUCAGUAUUGGCUACACCGCUUCCCCUUUUACUAAGCAACGGGAAGCACACUGUGGCCUAUCAGCGUCUAGGAGUGUGCUUGUAUGUGUGCAAGGACUGCGUGGGUGUGAGCAUGCAUGAUGAAAUCACAAAGCUGCUAUGUACUAGGCCAAACGCUCAGGUUUUAAACAACUGACGAGUGUUAUUGUAGGGUUUUUCCUAUGACUUUGCUACUUGUGGAAAACAUAAGCAUUUCCAUUUCAAGAAUUUGUCAGCAUUGACAUCAAGGACUGAAGAGGGUCAGUGUGGGAGCUGGUAUCAAACCAAGCCGAUCCCUUUCAGUAGAGAAGGGGGUUUACUUCUUGUGAAGAGGUUUAACCAAGAAACAUUUUUGGGUGACAAAUUAAGAAAUGUAACCAUGUAGGUAACUUAUUUAUAUACGGAUAUAAAGUAUUUUUGAAAAAAAGAUUAUGCAAAGAAGCUAUUUACCUACAUGUAUAUUUAAAGAUUUUUUUUUUUCCUCCUGCGAACCAGGAGCUUAACUAAAAUACAGAUAUAUUUAACUUUAAGAUAUACUGUGAUCAUCAGACGGCACAAAGUUGCAUUUCAUGCAAUGUACCAGUUUACUUUAAUUAAAACUAAUUUUUUUUUCUUUUCCAUGUGGGAACAAAAAUAUAUUUUUUUUUUCUUUGGAUUUUCUUUGCGUUCUGGGUAAAUUAAAAUCCAUUUUUUCCCUCUUAUCGAAAGUGCUGCCAAUGAAAAAGGGACACAUAAUGUUUACAGAUGUGAUUAUUGGAAUGUUUGCCAAAAAAAAGCUUGUCAGUAUCUGUAAUAAACGUUGCCUCCAGCAUCAAACAUGCUUGCUCUUGUGUCUCUGUAAACCAGAAUGUUUGUGCAGAUGAAGAAUCCUAAAUUAGGAUCAUGUGAUGGUUGUCACGUGUCUUGUGUGCCAUCAGUGGGGUCUGCUGGUGCAUGAGGGACAGCAUUGUGCAGCUCUUCAUUGGUUACAAACCAGACUUAUGGGGCAAUAAAACAUUUCAUAUAUAACUUAUCCACAUACCAAAACUUCACAAAUCCUGACUACAUUUCAGAAUUUGUAUAUGCUGCAUUUUGAGAAGUGGGGGAGGUGUGAGAGGUUACUCUUCAGCCGGUAUUUUGUGGCCUUAGGAUAAUUGACAUAGAAUAAAACGGCUUAUAAAAUUUCUCUGCCAUCAGCAAAAAAUGGGUUCUCACACCAACACUACAUUGCUUGAAGGUAACUUGUCGCAUUGAAAAUAAAACCAAGAAACAGAGAAUGUCAACAGGCAGGAGGAGCGGAGUAUAUUAAUAUAGUUUUGUGGAAGAAUAUUGUGUUUUAAAUCUAUUUACAUCCCUGCUGUUUCUCACCUUAAACAAUGACUGACUGCCUACCUUGUAUGAGUUUACAUACAGAGCUGUUUUUCUAAUAAAAAAACGGUUAAAAAAAAAAUUUGGGAAUUGUAUGUAAACUCACGAGGAUAGCUGUCAGACACAAAUUAGGACCACCCACUAGACUCCCAAGAUCACAAAGAUCAAGGGUGUAGAUCAAUAAACUGCCUUGUUCAAGUUUACAUACAGAGCUGUCAGACACUUGUUUGUACCACCCACUGGACCCCUAAGAUUAAAAUGAGCAGGGAUGUAAAUCUAGAAGUUUUUAGGAAGAUUCGAAUAUAAUUUAUAGAAUUACUGCUCCAAUUUUUCUGACUUGAGUCUUGUGGGUGAUCUUAGUCAGUGAUUGAUCUUUGUACCUAAUCUCAGAGAGGUAUCAAAAUUUUUUUCUCACAAAAGUAAACUUUGCAACUUAUUGACUUGCGUUCUUGCUUUUUAUGAUCUUAGGGGUCCAGUGGGGGUUUAAAUUAGUCCGUCUCUCUUGUGCGUUUAUUUAUGAAGAUGGAAGUCAAUCACUGUUUAGAACUGCCCACUGGACCUCCACGGUCAGAAAGAGCAGGGAGUCUUCCUUGUGUGCGAUAACAUACAAAAAUGACUCAGACGAAGACCGCCCACUGGACCCCUGAUAUCACAAAGAGCAAGGUUGUAAAUAAAAAAAUUGUUUUCUGGAAAGAGUAAUGCUUGAUUUUUUUGCUAUGUCUUUGCUCCUUCUGACCUUGGAGGUCCAGUGGGCAGUCUAAACAGGUAAAUCAAUAACAAGUUAUGAAUCUCUCCCCACAAAACUAUGGAUGUACUAUCCUCCUUCUCCUCUAAAACAUGCCGCAUUCUAAAAGAUCUGCAUUUUCAAUGUGACCGGUUCGCUUUAAGUUGAAACCUAACACACAGAGAUGUUGUUCGAGGAGUGUUCAGCCAACAACCACAUCUGACUGCCCAUUAUAAAUGCAGGGGUUCUGUAAGAUUUAGUAAAGUGGAGAGGACACAACCCUGCCAGGCACUUCUAAUGGCAGCUUAUCCCUGGCACAACAGAUGCUCAGAAAUGUUUGGUUACAACAUGUCUGCUAGUUCCCCUCUGACAUUGCUGUUGGGCAACAGUUGUCAGACCCUAUAUACAUUACAUUCGGUUAGGUUAACUGUCUGCUCAAAUUGCUAUUAUAAUGGCUGUAUAGAUUAUCCUUAUGUUUCCAUGACCAAUUUUAGUGUGACGGAACCUUAUCUGGCUCAGUGCAAGGUUUUCUCAGACAUUUUCACUAGUGUCUUGCGCAUUCUUUUCUUCUCACCUCCCCCUUUCUCCAAAUACAGUUUUAAAAUCCUAGUCCUUACACACAUUGUCCUGAAGAUGUUGAAUUGGCUGAAUGCACACACCUAUGUGCAAUGCCACAUUUUUAAUAAUUUUUUGGCACAGACUUUCUGGUUUACAAGAUGUAUUAAUGCUGGAAAACACAUUUUUGAACCAAAAUCCUUGAAUUAAUAUCCAUGUUCAUUAAGCCGAAUCCCUGUAUUUACCUUUGUAGUAAAGCUGCCUUCAUUAUGAUAGUCAUAUUGUGGGUGGAAACAAUAUUAAGAAUGCAUUCCAAACUUCAUUCAUAAAUGAUGCAUCAAGGCAUGGCAAUGGCACGUGUUUUAGCUAGCUGUUAAGGGAAUGAAUUCUGCAUUCUUGUGAUACAUAUUGGUGCAGCAGAUAGACAUCUAUAGUAGUCAAGUCUACUUCCAGCUCUUGUAUAGUGCAGUACUGACUGGUUGAUCUGGGAAACUGUCCUAUCCCUUGCAUUAGUUUCAAUAAGUUAAGCCGAACAUCUUCUGUCUGCAUUGUAAAGUUUUAGGGCUAGUUUUGCAUUUUGUCAGAUGUAGACCCUGCAGAGACUUUGCAACUAGUUCUGUGCUGCUGUCAGUUGAAGACCAUUUCACAAUUCAACACUCUGUGGAUGAGGAAACUGCUUGCAAACUCUUAUUUAGGCAACUUUCACACCUGUCUAAUAGAUGUGACUGACUAAUGGCAUCAUAAAUCACCAAAGCUUUUAGUUUGGGUCUCUAGACCAUCAGUUGGUCUAAGACAUGUUAUGCGAGUCCAUGUUAUGCCAAUGUAAAAGCGGUCAUAGGUUUAGGCUAUGGCUCCACAGUUAGUUACCUGCAAUUCAGCAUUCUUGCACCAGUCACAAAAAAGAAAAACCUUGAACUGUAGCAGGAAUGGCACAACUUUUGUGACUGGUGGGCAGCGCUAUGGUGCCCUAGCCUUAUAAAUCAGGCAAUGUCAUGUUACCUACCUAGCCUUACACUAGAACACAUUUACUGCUUUUGUUCCCCACAAUAAUAUACCUUAUAUUUCACAUUCCUUCUUGGAACAAACAACCCUGUUAAUCUAAGACCUUUUCAGUAUUGAUAUUGACUUAUAACCAAAAUGAAAGCUUUCAUGUCUGUCUAGGGUUCCUUAAACAUGGUCUUCAAGUAGACUACAGACACUUGUUACUUAAUGCAUUGUUUAAUUCAGCUGUUAUGUGAGGCCCAACCAGAUUGACAUAUUGUAAAUGAGAUUAAUGUAUACACCUCUCACAACUCAUUGCCACUGACUUGAAAAUGGGUGAUCUUAUCAAGUCCCCAAUUGUCUUGUAGUUGAACUGUUUACUGUUCUCACUUAUGUUUAUGUACCACCUUGUCAUGAAGGGGACUUGUCUUUUUGUGUUUUGUAAAUUAUUGUUCCUUUUGUAUGUUGUAUGAGGAGAAAAUGUAACUGGAAGGAUUCAGAUCCUGUUGUGUUCACUUCUGAUCAUUGUGAAUAAGAACCUUCAAACAUGCAAUGAAUAGUAUUGUCACAAAGGUUUGUAAUAUGCAGCAUUCCUCCAAACAGGAAUCUGGUACGCCAUUCACAGACAAAUGUAUCACAUGUAUGUUAGCUUCUCAUUCCGUUCCGAGGGGCUGCCUUGCCAAAGCAGAGCUAGAACCAGGUGAUUACAUUUACAGAAGUCAGUUCUCAGUACCCCUGUUCCCUUUAAACACAGCCUAAGAAGAGUAUUGAAAACCAUUUCUAAUGAAUGAAGGAUUCCUUUCCUGUGCUCUUUGUUGGGCGCCUGUUUCCUUGAAUGUCCAUCUUUUAACUUUCUCUCCAGAGCAUACAGGGCUACUAAGUGACACUAUGCGUUAAACAAUACAAAAGAGUAACCGAAGUUUACGAUGGCUGUUGACCCUGCACAAAAAAUGAACUUUCUCAAAUGUUCCAGAUAUUCUGUGUUCAAAUCUCAAUGGUAAAAUGGAUUUGGGGUAUUUUUAGCUAAUUUUUGAGCCAAUAUUACCCCUCUGUGUUAAAAGAAAAUCAGUUGUUUAAUAAAAUGUUAACUUUGAGCAUCAUGAAA